AUGUCAGCUAAGGAUGAAGAUUUAUCACGCCUAAUUGAAGACGCAAAAGUAAAAUUUAACCAGUAUGCUGGAACUCAAAAAGACUUUCAAUCUCCACAAGCAUACAUCCAUAUUGAAACAGAGUCGGAUGAAACUACAAAAGUACAUAUGGACGUUCAAUAUAAUGGAACACAAUAUUACUUUGAAUCAAUACAAGAAAAAGAUAUAAACGACAUUUAUCAUUACUUAAACAGUCAACCUACGGAAGGCUAUGAGGUGAAUGGUCAUCCACUUAAAGCAGUAGUCGCUACGGCAAGAAUGGACAAUGAAGGUCCCUGGAAAUCUAAUACCAAAGCUGGAAUGACGUUGUAUGCUGUCCAUGUUUCUUCUAAUUAUGUAUCAAAUUUACGCUAUGAAUUACGAAAAAAUAUGUAA